AUGAACGCGGACCAGUUCGGAUACCUGCGAAGUCCUGCGGCGUCAGCGGCGGCCGCGUCCAGGAAGCGGACGGGCCCUUACUGCGACUACGACAGCGAGGAUGUCCACUCACUGACAGGUGAGGGGUCAUCUGAUGACGACUUCGAACUUGUAUCAAGCCGAAAGGCGAAGAGGCGCAACACCAGACCCUCUUCGUCCCCGAACGUACCAAAUGAAGAAGCGCCGCGAAGGCCCGAGACCAACACCAUCAUCUUCGUUCCUGCUGUCCCCAACGGCAACAUGAAGCGCCUCAACAGGCAAUCUGUUUCGGCGCUGCUCGAGGGACUGGUGCCAGAUGAAAUCAUCGACAUCAGAGUGAACCCGCGUAAGAAUGUCAUGGCGAUUGAUGUUUCGCAUGCUGCCGCUCUGAACGUACUACGCAACGUCACAGAGCUGGAUGGAAUAAACGUCCGCUCCUACAUCCCUGUGGGCUCCAACGUCGUCGCCGACGUCAUCUACGACGUUGACGCUACCAUACCCAGCUCCGACUUGUCUGCCCUUGUCAAGCCAGCUAAUGAAGCUAGCGUUAUCGCUAAGGUUACCCGUUUGGGCGCUUCGUCGGGGAUUGGCGAAGCAACAGCGCUCCAUUUUUCUUCCUUGGGAUGUUGGCUGUCACUGACGGCGAGGAAUUUGACAGAACUUCACAGAGUCGCCCAAGAAUGUCGUACCAGGGGAGCCCCAAAACAAAAGGUUCUGGUGACUAGAGGAGACGUGACAAAUGAAGACGACGUUGCUCAUGUUGUUCAAGAGACGGUAAAGAACUUCGGCCGAAUCGACAUCCUCGUAAAUAACGCCGGCAUUUAUUUGGAAGGAUCGACAGAUAGUCCUUCGCUUGACAACUAUGAGCAGCUGAUGAACACCAACUUGCGAGGCCCACUACUAGUAUUAAGACACGCCUUGCCGUACUUGCGGCAGGUAAAAGGUAACGUUGUCAACGUCUCCAGCGUUGUCUCUCUGAGGGCGGCACUCGGUGGAACGUUUUACAACAUCAGCAAAGCUGGCCUGGAUCAGUUAACCAAGUGCGCAGCUCUUGAAAAUGCGCAGUAUGGAGUGCGCGUGAAUUCUGUGAAUCCUGCUGUGAUUGCCACCAACAUAGGCAGGAAACCCGGCGAAAGCAAAGAGGACCAUUUUCAGCACCUGAGCGAGGCAAUGGCUCAUGCGCACCUGAUGGGUCGCCUUGGCACGCCGGACGAAGUGGCACGCCCCAUUGCCUUCCUGGCCUCGGACGACGCCUCGUUCAUCACGGGACAUACCUUGCCGGUGGACGGCGGUCACCUGCUCAUGACACCCCUGGACAUUUCUCCAGCACAAACACCAGAAGAUCAGGGGCUUUAA